AUCAGAUCGAUAAUAAAAAUGAACAAUAAAAUUGAAUCAACAAUAGCUAUGGCUAUUGUUGAUGAUAAUGGUAAUUUUUCCAAUGAUAUAUAUGAACAAAAUCAUGAUUAUCAAAAUGAUAGUAUCAUAAUCAUUGGUCCAGAUAUUGAAUAUAUUCAUUUCCGUGAUGGAACACGAUUCUGGGUUCAACGUGUACUUGUACCAAUAAUCAUGAUCAUUGGUAUUAUUGGCAAUAGUAUUACAAUGAUCAUUAUGACAAGACGUCGAAUGCGUUCAAGUACAAAUUGGUAUCUAGCAGCAUUGGCCAUAUUCGAUAUGAUUUAUUUAAUAUUUACAUUCAUAUUAUCAUUAAAACAUUAUCCAAAUGCACAUUCAAUUGAUUAUUAUUAUUAUUGGAAUCUAUUUCCAUAUUUUACAAUGAUUACGGAUGCAUCAUCAAAUACAUCGGUUUGGUUGACCGUUACAUUUACCAUUGAAAGAUAUAUUGCUGUAUGUCAUCCAAUCAAAGGCAAAAUAAUAUGCACUGAAUCACGUGCAAAACGUGUUAUAUUAUGUGUAUUUAUUAUUUGUCUUUCGGUUACAUUGCCAACACCAUUUGAAUGGAUUAUUGUUGAACGUUUUGAUAAUCAAACACAAUCACAAUCAUUGGAGGCAGAAUUUUCCGAACUAGGAAAUAAUCAAACUUAUCGUAAUAUUUAUUAUCAUAUGACUGUUUUUCUAUUCGUAUUGUUACCAUUAAUAUUGUUGGUUAUAUUCAAUUCAUUUUUAAUACGUUCUGUACAUAUUUCUAAUCGUGAACGUUCACGUAUGAUAAUGGGUAAAGAAAAACAAACAAAAAAAUCUAAUAAUAGAAAAACAACAAUAUCAACAAGUGGAAAAUUGAUAUCAUCAUCAUCAUCAUCAUCAAAUACAAAUGCAAAUGCAAAUAUGUAUGUGCCUUCAACAACAACAAGUGCUAGUGCUAAUGCUACGGCUGUUACAUCAUCAUCAUCAAGACAGGAAAUUCGUAUUACAAUAAUGUUGAUCGCUGUUGUCAUAUUAUUUAUUAUAUGUCAAACACCAACCGCUGUUAUAUUAGUAUAUACAGCAUUCAAUCAAUAUGAUGGUGAAUCAAAUAAUGGCUGUAUAUUGGUUGCAUUGAGCAAUAUAUUCAAUCUACUUAUGUCCAUUAAUUCGGCUGGUAAUUUUGUUCUUUAUUGUUUAUUAUCACAAAAAUAUCGCCGUACAUUUGUCAAUAUGUUUUGUCCAUGUUUAGCACACAAAUUCUGUCACACAAAUAUACAUGGACGUUCACAAAUGGAUCAUUCUGUGGCUGGAACAACAACAACAACAACAAAUGUAACACGUACAACUAUUAUGAAUCGUAAUAAUAAUAAUCAUCAAAAAUAUUCUUAUAAUCGUAAUAAUAAUGGAAAAAAAUCAUUGACAGCAGCAUCA